UAACUUCGCCUGCCAUGUUCCAGUCACUCGUCCUUGCGGGGCUUUUCUCUGCCUUGUCACUGGCAAAAACAGUCACUUACGACUUCAACAUUGGCUGGGUCUCGGCUGCUCCUGAUGGCGUCUCCAGACCGGUCAUCGGCAUCAAUGGCCAAUGGCCGAUUCCUACCAUCGAAGCCGACGAGGGGGACACCAUUGUCGUGAAGGCGACGAACAAUCUCGGAAACCAGACGACCUCUCUCCAUUUCCAUGGCAUGUACCAGGUUGGGACAGCUCCAUACGAUGGACCUGUUGGAGUUACGCAGUGUCCCAUUGCGCCGGGAGGCUCUUUCACAUACACCUUCCAGGCCAACCCUGCUGGUACUCACUGGUAUCACAGUCACGAUGCUGGUCAGUACGCAGACGGAUUGAGAGGCAAGAUGGUCAUCCAUGACCAGGCGUGGGAGAGUAGCUUGAAGGUCGACAAACAGAUAUAUCUCUCAAUGGGAGAUUGGUAUCACGAGCAAAUUCCUUACCUCCUCAGAGAUGACUACAUGAACGUCAACAAUCGCGAUGGGCAUAUUCCGAUACCCAACUCUUUCCUCUUCAACGAAUCUACGAAAGCGCUUGACUUCGACUUUGAGCCAAACAAGCGAUAUUUGCUGCGGAUCGUUAGUCUUUCAGCUUUGACAUGUGGUUUUUUCCAUAUCGAUGGACAGACACUCAGCGUAGUCGCAGUGGACGGUAUACCCGUCAAGGCUACAGACACGGACUCCAUCAAUAUCUGUGCAGGCCAAACUUAUGAUGUUGUGGUUACUGGGCACAAUGACACGCAGCAAGCCCCCGAAUACAUUGUCAAGAUGUCGACCGAUAUGCUUACCGGACCUCCGCCUCCACUCGAUCGUAUGACGAUUAUCGGUAGGUCCAGGGGAGGUUCGUUCAACUUCAAGCGAGAUUCAUACCCAUCAUCAAGGUCUCUGGAUCAUAACUGGUCACCGAAUGCUGUUCUGGACGACUUCGACCUUGUACCGCUAGACGGCCUCAAGCUUUUAACAAACCCAACCAACAAAGUACACUUUGUCGCGAACCAGACCUACUUCCCAGGAAUUGGAACACGAAUUGCCAUUGGAGACGAGCCCUUUGUUACGCCAAAAGUCCCUGCUCUUUUCACUGCGUUGACGACCGGCGAAGCCGCUUUUCAAGCCUCUACUUAUGGUCCUGGUGCAGUGCCUCAAUUCCUCAAGAAGGGUGAAGUAGUGCAAAUUUACAUGGAAAAUCCGCAGCCAUACCCUCACCCUAUGCAUCUUCACGGCCACACUUUCCAAGUCGCAGGCAGAGGCUCUGGGAGCUGGGAUGGAAAGGACUCUUCGCUUCACGCAGUCCCUAUGAGACGUGAUAACGUUGUUAUUCCACCUCACGGUUACCUCGUUCUUCGCUUCGUCGCAGACAACCCCGGUGUCUGGUACUUCCAUUGCCACAUCGAUUUCCAUCUUGUUGGCGGUAUGGCGGCGCUCUUCAUUGAGGCACCCGAUGCCUUGCAAUCCGAAAUGGUCGUUCCUCAAUCAGCAAAGGACAUUUGCGCGGCUACGAAUUCGCCAAGUUCGGGCAAUUGCAACGGACAGGCUGGCGCUAUCAGCGCUGCCGAUGCAAGCACAGAAUGCAACAAUGUUUACAAUGACAAAUCGGAAAAUUUCGGAGCUAUGUAUGUUCAAAGCUCAUGA